AUGGAGGUCAAGCUGCUUGUUUGGGCUGUCGUGCUGUUGGCUUUGAUACUUACAGGAAACGACGCACAGUCAGAUGUUUGUGGCACUGCACCGCUCAACACCAAGAUCGUCGGCGGCCAGGGCGCCGCUGCAGGGGCGUGGCCCUGGCAGGCCAGUCUGCACAGAAACGGCAGACAUUUCUGUGGAGGCUCCCUCAUCAACAACCAGUGGAUCCUGACCGCCACUCACUGUUUCUCCAGCUCCAGCACUUCCUCUAUGGUGGUAUACCUGGGACGUGAAACCCAAGAAGGCCUGAAUUCGAACGAGAAGUCCGUGACGGUGUCCCGGAUCAUCAGGCAUCCAGACUACAAUAAAGACACACAUGAAAACGACAUAGCCUUGUUGGAACUGUCCUCAACGGUUGAAUUCACCAACUACAUCAGACCUGUGUGUCUGGCGGCGGGCAACAGCACCUUCCCGGCCGGGAGGACCUCCUGGGUCACCGGCUGGGGGGACAUCAGGAACGGCGUUUCCCUCCCUUCCCCUAAGAGGCUGCAGGAGGUGAGUAUUCCCGUCGUGUCCAACACCCAGUGCAACAAUGUCUACGGUACAAUCACAAGCAACAUGAUCUGUGCCGGUGUGUCCGAGGGCGGGAAGGACUCCUGCCAGGGGGACUCAGGGGGUCCGAUGGUGAGCAAGGACGGCUCCAGGUGGGUCCAGGCCGGAGUGGUGAGCUUUGGAAGCGGCUGCGCUAGGCCCAAUAUCCCGGGAGUCUACACCCGUGUGUCCGAGUAUGAGAACUGGGUCAGAAGCCAAAUCUCCAGCGACCAGCCGAGCUUCGUCGACUUAAGCGAAGGUUCGGCUGCCGGAACCACUCGCUUCGUCUCCCUCUCAGUGCUGCUCAUCCUCCCCGUCCUCCUCUCUCUCUUCAUCCUCUCAUAGGAGGUUUCGCGAUGCCGGAGGUUGCAGGCUGCUGAGCAAGGUUUAUGGUUUCAGACUCACUUGGAGAUUGAUUUGUCUUAAAACCUGCAAAGAAAAUCAGCGCAUGGACUGAAAUACUUCCACUGGUUCAUUUUCCUGGGUUUCAGUCAUUUUCCAGAAAGAAGUCAACAAGAAACAAAGUGGAUCAGGACCUCUUAUUAAGAAAAUGACACUUGAUUAACGUUCUCAUUAUCAAUGAAUCUGCUGAUUAUUUUCUAAUAUAAUGAAUCGAUUAAAGGUUGUGUCAAUAGAGAGAAGAAUGUAUUUGAAAUGAAUAUAAAAAACAAUCUACAAACCCCAAAACAUUACAGAGAAAAGAAUCGAAUCCUCCUUUUUUUUUUGAGGUGAAAAAAAGUGGCGAACUGUGG